AUGGAGAUUUUGGCGUGGAAUUGUCGUGGUUUGAAUAACCCGGUGGCAGUACAGGCGUUGAAGCUUUUGAUUCAACAGAGGAAGCCUUCUUUUAUCUUCCUGUCAGAGACCAAGAUUGAUGAUUGGGAAUACAUGAAUUCCUUACGUCUGCAAAUUGGGUACUUGAAUUGUGAGGCUGUUUUCAGUGAGGGUCAGUCCGGUGGAGUUGUUCUCUUCUGGGCUGAUGGUUUAGAUGUUCGCUUCCGGUCAAAAUCAAGGAGCCAUGUUGAUGUGGAGGUCAGAGAGACUGAUGGGUCUGGUGUGGUAUGGAGGCUAACAGGUUUGUACGGUAAUCCAGCGACGGCGGACCGCCAUUUAAAUUGGGCGCUGCUACGAUCUCUGUGGGCCGAGUCGGCGCUGCCUUGGGUGGUUGUCGGAGAUAUGAAUGAGUUGUUGCAUGCUUAUGAGAAGGAAGGCGGCGUGGUGCGUCGAGAAAGGCAAAUGCAGCCUUUUAGGGAUGCAUUGUCUCAGUGUGACCUCUUUGAUUUGGGCUUUCAUGGCUCGCCAUUCACAUGGCGUGGGCCAGGGAUGAGGAGUAGGCUGGACCGAGCAGUUGCAUCCGUCACCUGGUCAGACAUUUUUCCGGCGGCACGAGUUUUACAUCUGUCUCCAGUCCAUGGUGAUCAUGUCCCCAUCUUGGUGGGUGCGUUUGCUGGAAUUCCGCCUACUAUGGGGAGGCGGAGACACCGCUUUCGCUUUGAGAGUUUUUGGACCUUUCAUGAGGGUUGCCGGAAUGUGGUUAAGGCAGGUUGGGAGCCUGAGGUGAAUGGUUUGCCUAUGCAGCAGGUUACAAGGAAAAUCAUGCAUACCCGGUUUUCUUUGAAUCGAUGGCAGCGAGAAUCCUUUGGUAUGAGACGUAGAGAGAUUGAGUUAUUGCGUGAUCGGCUUCAGGCUUUAUUUUCUUUGCCUUUGUCCGCUGCAAAUCAGGAGGAAUGUUCUGCUCUUAAUGCAAAGUUGGAAGGUUUAUUGGCAGAAGAGGAUGCAUACUGGAAGCAGCGCUCCAAAGUGACUUGGAUACAUCUCAAGGAAUGGAGGAUGUGGUGUUGCACUAUUUCUCCAGUAUGUUUAAAUCUAAUGAUAUUAAUUAAUUCUACUCAUAUGCAAAAUGUUGUUGGGCUUUUGCAGCCUAAGGUGACUGAUGAUAUGAAUUUCGACUUGUGUGCUCCUUGUUCUGCUUUGGAAAUUAGGGCUGCUUUGUUUCAAAUGUAUCCGACGAAAGCCCCAGGACCUGAUGGUAUGCCACCUAUGUUUUUUCAGAAGUACUGGGAGGUAGUAGGUGGGGAUGUUGUGUCAGCAGUUCAAAAUUUUCUGCAUACUAGGCAAAUCCUUGGUGAGAUCAAUUUUACACAUAUUUGUUUGAUUCCCAAAGAAAAAGAUCCAGUGUCGGUUACUGAUUUACGGCCUAUUGCUUUGUGUAAUGUGAUUUAUAAGAUUUGUUCAAAAGUGAUUGCUAACAGGCUGAAGAAGAUUUUAUCAAAGAUUAUUUCUCCAUUUCAGAGUGCUUUUAUCCCUGGGAGAUUAAUUACAGAUAAUACUCUUGUGGCAAAUGAUGUAUCACAUUUUAUUCAUAAUUGUUACUCUAGCACUGAGGGGGUCUUCUCUUUGAAGCUUGAUAUGAGUAAGGCUUAUGAUCGCAUGGAGUGGAGUUUUCUGGAAGUUGUUUUCCUGAGCUUGGGCUUUGCAGAGUCGUGGCUGGGAGUGAUUAUGAAGUGUGUGACUACUGUGAAGUAUGCCUUUCUGAUAAACGAUCAGCAUAGGGGACAUUUGACUCCUACUAGGGGGCUUCGACAAGGUGAUCCUUUAUCACCUUACUUGUUUCUUCUGUGCACGGAAGUUUUUUCAGCUUUGCUUGAGCGUAAAGUCGGGAAUGGUGAGUUGCAGGGCAUUAAAGUCUGUGAGGGUGCUCCUACUAUUCAUCACUUAUUAUUUGCGGAUGAUAGUUUGUUGUUUGGAAAAGCUACUUUGCAUGAAUGUCUUCAUAUCCAGAAUGUUCUGCAUGACUACGAGUUAGCUUCUGGUCAGCAGAUUAAUUUUUCUAAGAGCAGUAUUGUUUUUAGUAAGAGAGUUCCAGAGGUGGACAAGUGUGCUAUGACAGGUUUCUUGGGUGUCUCUAUUGAAGCCAAGCAUGAGAAGUAUUUGGGAUUGCCUACUUAUUUGGGGAGGAAUAGGACUGAGCCUUUUGCUUAUAUCAAGGAGAACUUGAGUAAAAAGUUAGCUGGUUGGCAAGGAAAACUACUGAGUAGUGCUGGUAAGGACCUACUUAUAAGGGUGGUGGCACAUGCUUUGCCAUCCUAUGCUAUGAGCUGUUUUUUGCUUCCGAAGGAGUUUUGUGAUGAUUUACAUCAGAUGUGUGUUCGAUUCUGGUGGGGGAGUAAGUCCAAUGAACGUAAAAUUCAUUGGAUGUCUUGGGAACGUCUUUGUCGUUCCAAAGAGGAGGGUGGUAUGGGGUUUCGUGAUCUGCACGCCCAUAACCUAGCUCUACUUGCUAAACAGGGUUGGAGGUUACUUCGAAAUCCAGGCACCUUAGUCAGUCGUUUGUUUAAGGCUAGAUACUUUCCUGGCUCUUCUUUUUUGGAGGCUCCAGCCCCAAAUCAUGCUUCUGCUUGUUGGAGAGGUAUUUUUGCUGCUAGUUCGGUGUUGAGAGGAGGGAUCCGUUGGCAGAAAGGUCUUUUUUCUACUAAAAGCACUUAUAAGGUGGCUUUUGCUUCUUUACACCCUGCUAUUUCGGAUCAUUCCUCCUCUAUGGUGAUCCCAAGUAGUUGGAAGCAUUUAUGGGCUGCGUCUGUGCCAGGUAAGGUUAAGGUGCAUGUUUGGAAGGUUUGUGCAUCUAUUUUGCCUACUACUUGUCAGCUUAGGGAACGCAGAGUGCCUGUUGGUGAGGGGUGUCUAUUUUGUAAUAGGGAGGAGGAAACCAUUUCGCAUGUCAGUAGGGAGUGCAUUUUUGUGCGGGAUGUUGUUGGUCUAGCACCAGACCUUGGAUCUGUGUUAGGACUACCGCCAUGUUCCUUAUUGGAGUGGUUGGCUUUGUGCUAUACUGUAGUAUCUCCGAGUUCUUUCUCUCUGCUAAUGAUGUUAUUAUGGGGGGUGUGGAAGGAGCGCAACCAACAUUUGUGGUAUGGUAAAUUCUGCUCUGCACAUCAAGUUUACUUCCAAGUUGUUACUUUAUUUCACUCUUUCAAGGUUGCAAGGAUUCCUGAAAAAGUCAAACUGGGGUGCCAAGUUAAGCCUUGGUGUCCUCCUUCAGCUGGUUGGCUUAAGGCCAAUAUAGAUGGGGCAUUUGACAUGAUCACCCGGUCUGGGGGUUUGGGUGUUGUAAUCAGGGAUUCUGUUGGCACGGUGGUGGCUGGUGCAUGUGGGACUUGUACUGAUGUUGCUUCUCCUGUGGUAGUUGAGGCCUUGGCUUGUCGGUUGGCAUGCAAGGUAGUAGUGGAUAACGAUCUGGGGCCAGUCAUGUUUGAGGCUGAUUGUCUACAAGUUGUGCAAGCUAUUUGCGCUGAAGGUGAGGAUACCUCAGAUUUUGGCAGAAUUAUUGAUGAUAUCUCUUCUUUAUUAUUUUCUCUAGCUGGAUCAUUCUUUUCUCAUGUUUAUAGGGAAUCGAAUAAACUAGCACAUAAGGUGGCUAAGUAUGCCUUGUUGUCUGGUGCACAAGUUUCAUGGAGUGGGCAUGUCCCUCCAGGACUUGAUGGACUUUUUCAACUCUUUGCAAAGAAACACAUAAGAGAAUUAACAAUUUUCACAUAA